CUUCAGCUAAUAGACGGAGCACUCAACGCGUCGGUGGCUAGCGUGUCGUUCACGUAUUCUAGGGGCGAGCGCGCGCUGAGGGCGUCAUCUCCACUCCACCCCAGACACUUGCCGGGAUGCCUCUCCGAAUCAGACGCUUGGAAACCGGCUUCAUCCUAAUCAGCGCAAUUCAUGCAAUGCCGUCUACUGGCCAUUACCCUCUGGGUCCACCCGCGCUAUUUGCAGAUAUGCCUUACAGCCAGCCUAUGCCGCCCCAUAGACACGCUCGCGAUGCGUCCAUCCGGCCUUCCAAAAGACGUGAACUGCCCGUUCCCCAUGUGCCCACUUGGCGCGUCUGGCUGCUUCUGCUGGAACGAGUAGUGUGUGUCUUGAGACGGGCACCGGACGACUUUUGCGUAACAGCAAUGUCCCUCGAGGGGGGGUUGGUGGACCGGAGCUGUGCUGCGCUUUGGCUCCAUCCCACUCGCGCCAUGUUCCAAGUCCCGGGCGGUGUUUCGACGCGUAGAGCUGGAUGCAUGUCAGCGACGUGAUUCCCGGUAAUGCUAUGCGCGACGAGGCGCCCUCUGCACGCGAAGUCUGCUUCGUCACGCUCAAUAUAUCAAAGGUUGGGACACUCGUUGGUUCCCCGUGCUGUAUCCAUUACACCCUCACUCCCAGCAUUCAGCCUUUGCGCUCCACCAUGACCACUCCAUACGAAACAUCCAUAUUACUCCUAUAGCCUUGG